CUGGUAUCGCUGGGCGGUGGCGAGGUGUGUUUGGCUGUCGUUGGCGAAGUGGAACCACGUUUCGGAUACAAGAACAUGAGAAUCAAUGUGACUAGCAAGUGUUUCAAUAUGUUGAAAUAAUGCGGUGUCUUUUUGAUUAAUUAUUAUAAACAAACUGUAAUAACAAAAUAUAAUAAUGUCGACUCGAGUUAAUGAAAAACUCAACAAUGAAUUUUUAAUAAAAGCUGAUCGAGACAAAUAUAAAAUGCUGAGUCUCCCUGUAUGUAUUCGAAUUUCGCGCCAUUUCGCAGUUUGUCCAAAGCGAGAAUGGCAUACAAUCCAAAAACUCCCAGAUCCGCAAAAAGAGCAGAACAGGAUCGAGAAUCUCUGCUUGUAAUGCAUUGUGCAUUCACGUCUGCAUAAAUUCGUCAAUCAAAGAUCUUUAUAAAGAAGCGUCGCUAGCUUAAAUUAGUGGUACACGACACGUGUUGAACUAUUUGUGAAAGUCGUUGUUGAUAAUCUAUAUAACGAGAUCCGAUAAGGCGAAGAUGGAACCAAUGAAUAAGACAUCGCUUAAAAACUUCGUCCACAAAAGCGGACGAACCACCGCCCAAUUCAACGAGUUUAAGUACACGUGGGUCUUGGAGAACUUCUUAUACUUCAAGGCCCGCAAAUGCGGAGUCUGUACUACUUCACCCACCUUUACCGUCUACAAUAAUCAAGACAAGUACGAGUUGCUUCUGAAGCUUUUUCCCAACGGUAACGACGAACAGACCAAAGGCCUGAUGGGCGUCCACCUCGAGCGCGUUUCCUCUCCAGCCGAGUCCAAGGAGACGAUCAUAAUUAAACUGACUCUUCUGUCAACCGACGGCAAACAAGUCACUGUUGCCGAUAAACCGCGCGGAACUAUCUGUCCUGACAAGAAUAUCGUGCUCACCUUUAAUAAGUCGUGGGACGAUCUUCGCCAACGAUUUAUCUUCGCGAAUGGCGAUCUCACGAUCUCGUGCAGCAUGGUCUUCGACAACGGCGAUCAUCACGUUGAGGUCGACUCGGAAACUAUCUCGAUCAGCGAGUUUGACUGCCAGGAGUUCUUGAUCGACGACCUCGAGGCCAUGUUAACAUCCCCGAGGUUCAGCGACGUGAAGCUGCUCGUGACCGGUAAGGAAUUCCAGGCGCACAAGGUCAUAUUGGCUGCUCGGAGUCCCGUAUUUUUAGCCAUGUUGGAGAGUAACAUGAAGGAAGGCCAGGACAACGUGAUCGAGGUCGGCGACAUCGAACCAGACGUCAUGGCGGAACUGCUGCGGUUUAUCUACACAGGCAAGCUGGAGAACAUGGACGAGCUGGUGGCCGACCUGUUGGCCGCGGCGGACAUGUACCAGCUCGACCAUCUGAGGAUUAUGUGCGAAGCGAUCAUCGCGAAGAAGCUGAGUAUUGACAAUGUGGCGGAGAUCCUCAAGAUUGUAGAUCGGCACGUGACCUGCAAGAACUUACGUGAAUCUGUGUUCAAGUUUCUAGCGUGCAACGGGAAGGAUGUAGCCGGUCUCGAAAAGUUCGAUGAGAUCUUGCGGUCGCUUUCGACCACUCUGGUGAUCGAGGUCACCAAGGCUGUGAUGCUCAAGUCUUGAGCCUGUUCCAUUAACUUUCUGACGAUAAGUUACAAGUUUUACUCGGGUUUUAACCAAUGAUUGUAAUCCUUUGUAAUAAUAAAAUAUCUUUGUAUGAAUUUUAUAAA